AUGGCGCCAAAUCUUGCCGAUUCUCAACAUCAGCUGAUUAGUGACAUGAUCCUCAGUAAGUCGGAAGGUGACAAAUCACUCAAGGACGGAGAGAUAGCCCACGCAGCCAACUGUUCCACCCGGACCGUACGCCAUAUUCGAUCGAAUCUGCUCCUCUUCGGAUCGACCAAAGCGCCGCCGAAUGGCAGUGGCCGACCGAAAUCCAUAUCUCCUCCCAUGCUGACUGCCUUGCUGGACAAGCUUGGGUCCGAUCCCUGCAUGCGUCUGCAAGACAUGGCCUCGUUCCUCAACGACGAGUUCGAAGCAGACGUGACACGCUUCAGCGUCAGCAGAGCCUUGAAAGGCGCUGGGUGGUCGAGAAAGUCAACACAAAACGUCGCCAACGAACGCAAUGCAAGACUGCGAGAUGAAUACAUGCACGAGAUUUCCAACAUGAGGUCUGAUCAGCUGGUGUUUAUUGACGAAACUGGGGUGGACAGGAGUAUCGGGACCAGGAGCAAAGGCUGGGCUCCUCGAGGACGCAGACCACGGCAAGUGAAACGGUUCCAUCGAGGCCGACGGGUGCAGAUCCUUCCAGCGUAUGCUCAGGAUGGCGUGGUCCAUUUUCAAGCGUAUAGGGGGUCAACUGAUACCCAGAUGUUCGAGGAUUUCAUCGAGCAACUCCUGUCCUACUGCGGAAAGUGGCCCAGUCCGAAGUCGGUGCUGAUCAUGGAUAAUGCAUCUUUCCAUCACUCCGAGAGGCUGCAACAGAUGUGUGACAGCGCUGGGGUAGUGUUGCUAUACCUUCCGCCUUACUCGCCCGACCUCAACCCGAUCGAGGAGUUCUUUGGGGAACUGAAGACCUACAUCAGGCAAGUUUGGGAGGAUCAAAUUGACUUUGUGCGGGCCGACUUCAUCUCCUUCCUUGAGGAAUGUGUCGAGGUUGUCGGUCGCCGCAAAGCAAGUGCAGAGGGUCACUUUCGCCGUGCUGGAAUCUCCGUUGAAGAACCGCCAGAAUAA